GAGUAUUAAACCACCUGCAGGCCCUGGAAUUUAAUUUAAACAGAGUGAUGGACACAUAUUAAUUACAAGCAUAAGUAAUGGCAUAGCAAUAAGGUAUGUCCGCAAAUCAUGACCGAAGCGAUCUAAAUCGUAGUCUAUCAGAGUAGCACGCGAGGAAAGUUGGAGAUUGAGAUCAAGUUCCGUUUGACGUUGACAUCGACUGGAUGAUCGCAACGCUGGCACUGGCGAGGGAAGAGUGGCCAUGAUCUCCUAAAGGCGUAUUAGGCGGCGCAGCCAUCAUAUCAAAUUCCGCGACUUCUUCUUCAGUGUCAGAUGAAGUCAUGGAAAAGCUCUUCAUGCUGGAUGCGAGGAUGGUGUCGUAUGUGAUGCCGUCUAAUGGGUCGACUAGGGUACUCAUAGGAACAGGAGGUUGGGAGGAGGGAGGUCGACGUGAGGAAGAUGAUGAGGUCGGACGUGGUUUCGUCUUUGAGAGCACGCGCCUCUUGGAGCUGCGACUUAUGCGUGUUCGGGGACGUGAUGAGAAUAGGGGUUUGUUGUUCUUCGGUCCCCGAACGAAUAUCUGCGCACUGACCACCGUGCUCACCGUCGAGCAAGACCCUUAUCGUCAACGUCGACCACAAAUGGAGACCGCGAGCACCACCCACCAGGGUGUCUACAAGGGCAAAGUCACCCACAGAUCCUGGCCACAGCUCCCAGAGGAAAUCGUCAGACAUAUCGCUACCUUUUACCUAUGGAAGUCGGCUGCGACGGGGUAUACUCCACAAACUUGGGACGCGCGCGAAUAUUGGCAGCCGAGGAUGGUCUACACCGCUCUACGCGACGCCGGGGACCUCGAAAUCAAUUUUAUGAGUAUAUGCCCUCAGUGGCAUCAAGCUCUCGAAGGUCAUCAUUUUUGGCAACAAGCCGUUGCACUCAUCGACCCAGCCGAUUCCCUCUUGCAGCACAUUAUCGUGUAUCCAAAAUCAAAUUUACACCAUACAAACUCGUCCGCCGGCCCUCCACCACCCAUCCGUCUCUCAUUCUGGCGCCAUUUCCGCAAUAUCAUCAAUUGCAGCUGCCUCGUAUGCCGCAUCAACUCACCUGCCACCCAUCAAGGCCUCACCACCGCCAAACGCGUCAUCCAUUCACCUUUCCUAGGCCCCAUUAACAUCUGUCGCGACCACGACCGCCGGCGCAAUGCCUUUUGCGGUCUUUGUCUACGCGAAGCUCCCCUCUUUGAAACUGCCGGCGUGGUCUCUUCCCAUACCGCUGGCGAGCUGACCAUCGCGUGUAUCGAAAACGAGGAUGAGGAGACAUGGCCCCAUGUCGAUGCGACAUGCAAAAUCUGUAGGCAAGAAUGGCUCUGGCGCCGUGUUUGCGACAACCCAAGGGACCGAGAGGCCAUCGGAGGCAACGAGAUGGUCAGCGAUGAUUGGGAAACGAGACAAUGCGUCGACGGUUUCCUCGAUUUGGCGGAAGGCUCCAUCGCUGAUGUGAUUAGUCUCGCAAAAGAGAAGUGGUGGCUACGAAGGAAUACGCGCCUUGGAGAUAUGCUCCAGCAGGCUUUGGCUGCUGCUAGGCUUGCGAGGGGGGGUGGUGCUGUGGGGUAUGGAAGGGAUGGGGAUUAUGGGAGUUUGGAUGUGGCUGAGGAGGAAGAGGAGGAGGAGGAAGAUGAUGAGGAUGAUCCGGAGCUUAUGCAACUGACUGAGGAGAGCGGAGUGCGAGACCUUGCGUUGGGUGAUUGGGCUCGAGCGAGGAUAUUGGAUGGCUAUUGGUUCAGUCCUGCUGACAUCUGGUAUCAAUACUCUGUUCCUGGCCAGCCCGCGGUUGUGCCAGCCAUACAUCCCUGUCCAUGGACCCGCGAACGCUCAUUAUCGAAUGCCUCCAGCGGCAGUGCAGUGUUGACCACUGAUGAAGCCGAAGAAGUGGAGGAGGAACAUCCCAAAAGAUCUACCUUCACCGCCGAAAUUCCGCCAUCAUACUCGCUCUGCGAACAAGCCUACGUUGCCCACCAGCGGCAGAUGCGUGUAGUGCUUCUUCCAGUGCUCAAAAACGUCGUCCGUCGAUUAGUCAUGGAAUGCGCUGCUUCAGAAGGGCGGCGAGAAGAUCCUGCUGUAAGAGCUGCGCGGAUGAAUAUGGAGGAGGUCCUUCGCAUCGUCAGAGAGGAAGAAGGAGUAUGGUUCGACGGCGUUGAUUGGGCUGAGCGCCGGCGAAGUGAUGAUGCUGUGAAACGACGCAAACGGGUACAACGCGCGAGGGAAGAUGCCCUCCUCAAACGCAGGAGGGAAGACGACUCGGGGAGUAGUAGUGGAAGCAGCAGCAUCAAGUCUGCAUCUGAUAGUUCGUCGAGUGCGACGAGCCCUGUGUUGUCGGCUACGACGCUCCAGACGACCCCUUCGCCUCCUCCGCUCAGCGAUGAGGGGGUUGAGGUCGAGAAGAAGGAGGAUUAUUUGCGCCCGAUGAUCAUACCCGUGUCUCCUGUUCUUAAUCCUCCACGUUUGUUGAGGCCGAUACCUUUGGAAGCGUUCAGGGCUGCGGCUGGGGGUAAUAAUGUCCCACCUACAGUUGUUCCAUCCCAACAAGUCGUCGAGCCAAAGACGCGUGCGGCUGUGGAUUCUGUGGUACUCCCAGGCGGGGAUCGAGGGCACCCGUUGGAGAUCUCGCUUGAUGUGGAUGGGGAGGGUGAGGAGGAGGUUGGGUAUGAGCGACGGGAGGAGGAGGAGGAAGAAGAAGAAGAAGAAGAGGAGGAGUAUGAAGAAGACUAUUCGGACGAAUUGGAAAGGUGUAGUUAUACGCCGCCUUCUGACGUGGAAGUGCGGCCAUCGCGCAAACGGUCUUCUGAUGAGCUAGAGGACGCGGAGGUGGACCACCGGCUUAGGGGAGGGACGCCCCCGAAGAGGGCUAGGAAGGGGGAGAGGUAUGCUCAGGGCGAGGAUUCGGUGAAAUUGAAGUUGAGGAAGAGGAGUAGUGAGGAGUUGGAUGAUGCUGAUGAGGAUGCUGGUCGGGGUGGGUGUGGGAAUAACAACAAGAGGGUGAGGGUGGGUGAUUCGUCUCCUGCUGAGAGUCCGCGGACGACGAGUGAUGUUAGCUCGUUGACGGAUGAGGAGUAUCGGGAUAGGCAGGAGUUUCGGGAUCGGCGUAGGGCUAGGGAUGAGCGGGGGAAGAGGAUGUCGCCCAAGCUCAAGUUCAUGUACUACUAUCUCUUCUCCCAUCCCAGUUAUCGUUGUUUAUAGAGCGGAUUUUAACCUGCGAACCCGCCCAGAGGUAGAAUGUCAAUUUGCUUUUUUCAUUUCCAAUGGGCACAUUAAAUAUC